CAUGGCAUGUGAAAUGUCAAAUUGAUUUGCCAGUUGUCAACACGAAUUAUUCACAUGUAAUCGAAUAUAUCAUUGAUGUAACAGAAUGAACAAUUGAAAAUUUUAUUUGCGAUACACGUUCAUCGAUUGUUAUUAAAAAUCUCUAUCCAUAAUAAUUAGAAAAAUCAACGAUGUCUCGAGUUCUGAGUAUAGUACCGAUAGUGUAUCGAACUCAACGCAGUUGUUUAUUAAAGAGCACACAUUUACAACAUAUUUCAAAAUUAAACUAUUCGGCACGGCCAAGUUUUAUCUCGCGGAUAGUCACUAAUUUAAAAAAUGAGUUUGAAAAAAAUAAAGAGAUGAAAGAGAACAUAAAAAAGUUUCGUGAAGAAGCCGAAAAACUUGAACAAUCUGAUGCAUUGAAAUCAGCGCGUAAAAAAUUUAAUAUCGUUGAAUCAGAAGCGUCAAAGGGUGGCGAGGUGUUCAAAGACCAUCUAGAUUCAUUGAAAGGAAAGGUUUCGACUGCCAUUGACGAGGCUGCUAGAACAGAAUUAGGUAAAAAGGCUGGUCAAUGGAGUGAAGAAAUAUCCAAAUCGGCAAAAGGCGUUGGAGAAACGAUAAGUGAAACAGGAAAAAAAAUUGGACAAACAAAUGCCUUCCAAAGUAUUUCAGAAGCAUCGGAAAUUGUUAAGAAAGAAAUUGAUACACAAAGCAUUCAAGGAAAGGUUUACGAAAGUCCAGUCAAACUACGAAAACGAAAAGAAAUGGAUUUAUCAAGUGAUAGCCGUAUUUUUGAAGCAAAUACCGAAGAUACUGGCAUCGAAUUGCACAAAGAUUCCAAAUUUUAUCAGUCGUGGGAAAAUUUUAAAAAUAAUAACCAAUAUGUGAAUAAAGUAUUGGAUUGGAAAAUGAAAUAUGAAGAAUCUGAAAAUCCAAUGAUCCGAGCUUCCCGCCUCCUCACUGACAAAGUAACAGAUAUUAUGGGUGGUUUAUUUUCAAAAACUGAACUAUCGGAGACUCUUACAGAAAUUUGUAAAAUCGAUCAAAAUUUUAACGAAAAACAAUUUUUACGAGACUGCGAAGAUGAUAUCAUACCAAAUAUAUUAGAAGCAAUGGUUCGCGGUGAUUUAGAAAUAUUGAAAGAUUGGUGCUUUGAAAGUACAUAUAAUAUAAUUGCGACACCAAUUGCCCAAGCACAAAAAGCCGGAUUCUAUUUAGAUUCAAAAAUAUUGGACAUAGAAAAUAUUGAUUUGGCUAUGGGAAAGGUUAUGGAACAAGGACCUGUACUCAUAGUAACAUUUCAAACCCAGCAAAUAAUGUGCGUACGAAAUGCUAAGAACGAAGUUGUCGAAGGCGAUCCUGAAAAAGUGAUGAGAGUUAACUAUGUUUGGGUUUUGUGCAGAGAUCCAGAAGAUCUGAAUCCCAGAUCGGCUUGGAGGCUAAUGGAACUCUCAGCAAACAGUGAUGAACAGUUCGUGUAGAUUCAACAAAUUUUUCAAAAAUAUAAAAAAAAAUUAAUAAAUUGUUUGAAACUUAUG